CCAAAGUAACCUAAUUGUAAUGGGGCCAUUUCGCCGCUGUCCAUCUUGAAUUCGGUCGCUUUGCUGUUAUCUGCUCCGACGAUAUUACCCGGCGAGCGGCUGGGCUACCCUCGAGUCUUCCGAGAUCUUCUCCAUCCCAAGGGUUUCAUAAAGAGGGAGCAAAGUCUCUGCUCAGAACCCUAUUCUCUUGAUAACAGAUAGUCGGAAGUUCAAUCGUUGGGAGCAAAGAUGGUGCUCGCUGAGUUGGGCGGGAGCAUAUCCCGCGCUCUGCAGAAGAUGAGCAACGCGACGAUCAUUGAUGAGAAGGUGCUGGGAGAGUGCCUGAACGAGAUCACGCGGGCGCUGAUGCAGGCCGAUGUUAAAUUCGAGAUGAUCCGCGACAUGAUGGCCAACAUCAAGCGUAUCGUCAACCUAGAAGACCUCGCCGCCGGCCACAAUAAGCGUCGAAUUAUCCAGCAGGCUGUAUUUACUGAGCUUUGCAAGAUGAUGGAUCCAGGGAAGCCGUCAUUCACACCUAAGAAAGGAAAGACAUGCGUAGUGAUGUUUGUGGGUUUGCAAGGUUCUGGGAAAACCACAACAUGCACCAAAUAUGCAUAUUAUCAUCAAAAAAAGGGUUUCAAACCUGCUCUUGUUUGUGCGGAUACUUUUAGAGCUGGAGCUUUUGAUCAGUUGAAACAAAAUGCAACCAAAGCUAAAAUUCCUUUCUAUGGAAGCUAUAUGGAAUCAGAUCCUGUUAAAAUAGCUGCAGAGGGUGUUGAGAGGUUUAAGAAGGAAGGCAAUGAUUUAAUUAUAGUUGAUACGAGCGGACGACACAUGCAGGAGGCUGCCCUCUUUGAAGAAAUGCGGCAAGUGUCGGAAGCAACAAAACCUGAUCUGGUGAUAUUUGUCAUGGAUGGUAGUAUUGGUCAAAUGGCAUUCGCUCAGGCACAAGCAUUUAAACAAAGUGUGCCAGUCGGAGCUGUGAUUGUGACUAAAAUGGAUGGUCAUGCGAAAGGAGGUGGUGCUCUUAGUGCUGUUGCAGCAACAAAAAGCCCCGUCAUUUUCAUAGGAACUGGAGAGCAUAUGGAUGAAUUUGAAAUUUUUGAUGUUAAACCAUUUGUUAGCCGUCUUUUAGGUAUGGGUGAUUGGUCUGGCUUCAUGGAUAAAAUUCAGGAAGUUGUGCCAACUGAUCAACAGCCAGAGCUUCUUCAAAAGCUCUCUGAAGGAAGUUUUACCCUCCGACUCAUGUAUGAGCAAUUCCAGAACAUACUUAAAAUGGGCCCAAUUGGACAGGUGUUCUCCAUGCUGCCUGGAUUUAGUGCAGAGGUUAUGCCGAAGGGUCAUGAGAAAGAAAGUCAGGCCAAGAUCAAACGGUACAUGACAAUGAUGGAUUCCAUGACAAAUGCAGAGCUGGACAGCACGAACCCGAAGAUCUUCAAUGAUUCGAGAGCCCUGAGGAUAGCGCGAGGUUCCGGCCGAACCAUCAGGGAAGUCGUUGAGAUGUUGGAAGAGUACAAGCGGCUCGCGAAGGUGUGGAGUCAGAUGAAAGGUCUGAAGAUCCCUAAGAAGGGGGAGAUGAGCGCCUUGUCGCGCAACAUGAAUGUUCAGCACAUGAGCAAAGUGCUGCCUCCUCAGAUGCUGAAGCAGAUUGGAGGGAUGGGGGGUUUGCAGAGCCUCAUGAAGCAGAUGGGAUCCAAAGAUAUGAUGGGUGGGAUGUUUGGUGGAGGAGGAGGAGAUAAGUAAAUUUUGCUUCAGGAGGAAAGAAUUGAUAGAAACCAGGCUAAUUUUUUUUUUAUUAAUGGAGG